AUGUCGUCCUUCUCAGAGAAGGUCAAGGUCGAGGGCACGGUUCAGCCUCAGCCUGAGUCGUCGUCUGAGUCGGCCACACCCGGCACCAAGCGCGGUCUCAAGCCGCGACACUCGCAGCUCAUCGCCCUCGGCGGCACCAUCGGGACCGCCGUCUUCGUCGGCAGCGGAUCGACCCUGGCCAAGGGAGGCCCCGGCUUCACCCUCAUCGCAUACGUCGUCAUGUCCAUCUUCGUCUUCUUCAUCGUCGGCGCCAUCAUCAUGACGGCGUCCUACCUGCCCGUCAAGGGCGCUACUCCCGCCUACUUCUCGCGCCGUUACGUAUCGCCGUCUCUAGGUUGGGCCAUGGGAUGGUACUAUUGGUAUUCGUUUGGUAUCCUCGUUCCCUACGAAGUCACGGCGGCGACACUCAUCAUUGACUUCUGGAACCCGCCCGUCAACCCGGCCGUGUGGAUCACCAUCAUGAUUGUCAUCAUCGUCGCCCUCAACCUGCUCCCCGUGUCCGUCUACGGGGAGACAGAGUUCUACUUUGCCUCGCUCAAGAUCGUCACCAUCAUCGGCCUGCUCAUCCUGUCCUUCAUCCUCUUCUGGUGGGGUGGACCGCGUGACCCGCACCUCCUGGCCUUUACGUACUGGAACAAGCCGGGCGCCUUUAACGCUUACAUACUCGAAGGCACGCGUGGCUACGUCGUCAGUUUCUUCAGCACCCUCAUCUCGGCGCUGCUUCCGUUUUCCUUUGCCCCCGAGAUGCUCGUCUUCUGCUCGGGUGAGAUGAAGUCACCGAGGCGGAAUCUGCCAAGGGCGGCGAGGAGCUUCAUGUUGCGCAUCAUCAUCUUCUACAUCGGAUCCAUCCUGGCCAUCGGCAUCAUCUGUCCGUCCGACGAGCCGGAUCUGACGAGCGGGCAGGCGGGGGCCUCCUCGUCGCCGUUUGUGCUCGGCAUCCGCAAGGCGGGCAUCCGCGGGCUGGACAGCGUCAUCAACGCCGCCAUCCUGACGUCGGCCUUGUCGGCCGGCAACGCCUUCAUCUUCCAGUCCAGCCGCGGCCUGUACUCGAUGGCGCUCAACGGCGACGCGCCCGCCAUCUUCGCGCGCUGCGACAGGCGCGGCGUGCCCUACGUGGCCGUCGUCGCCACCUCCCUCUUCUCCCUGCUCGCCUACAUGAACGUCAACACCGAGGCCAGCACCGUCUUCAACUGGCUCGUCAACCUGGUCAACACGGCCGCCUUCAUCUCGUGGGUCAGCUGCGCCGUCACCGCCCUGCGCUUCCAGGACGCCCUCGAUUCCCAGGGCGUCGACCGCGCCCAGCUUCCCUUCACCUCGCGCUUCCAGCCUUGGUCGUCGUACUUUUGCAUCGUCGUCUUCACCCUUCUGUGCCUCAUCAACGGCUUCACCGUCUUCCUCCCCGGGUCGUGGUCUACCUCGUCCUUCUUCAGCAGCUACGUCGGCAUCCCCAUCUUCUUCAUCCUCUACUUCGGCCACCGCUUCACCGCCGGUCGCAAUGAUCCCUGGGCCAUCCCCCCGACCAAAGUGGACCUGCACACGGGACUUGACGAGCUCAAGGCCGACGAGGACAUGUCGCCGCCGUCACCCUCGUUAUGGAGCCGUAUACGUAGUAGCUCGGUCGCUAGGGAAUAA